CAGAGCCACAUCCCUGCUUCACCGACCUCCCAGCUGGAUGUUCCUCUCUGCCACACUGGCCCUGCUGCGCUGGAGAGGAUGGACACGCUGCGAAGGAGCCUGUCUCGCUGGAAGAGGUACCACAUCAAGGUGCACCUGGCCGACGAGGACCUGAUGAUGCCGCUGACUGUCAAGCCCAGGGACACAGUGAUGGACCUACGGGCUCACUUAGUGCGGGAAGGCAUCACUUCCUGGAAGAAGACAUUUUAUUACAACUCCAGGCAGCUCGAGGAGCAUGAGACUCUCAAAGAGGCCAAUAUCCAGAACGGCUCUGUCCUGCUUCUUGUCAGCAAUAAAAGAUAAUGCCAAAGAGCACAGCCAAAGCAAUGAGGGACGGGGAGUGUGACAAGGGCUGAAGGGAAGCAGAUGGAAGAGCUUGGCCAUGGAAACACAGCCCGGCCAUCAGCGUUUGGUAAGUUCCUCCCUGCACGCCAGCUCAAGGACUGUUCAGAAAGCAGCUCCGAAUGUUUUCAGCACAGUGCCCAUAAAUAAUUAACCCAAACAAAACUACAAAUAACAUUUCCUCAUCAGUGCGCCAUGUGGUCUGAGCUGCCAAAGGAAAAGCAUGGGUAAGACUGACUCAGCUCCCGAGGGCGGUGACUCACAGCGAAAUGCCCACGAAAGGGUGAAUUCUGCCUGGGUGACAAAGCGAGACGGAGCCAAGGUGGGCUUCGCUUAGGGUGCUAGAUGGGGACUCUGGAGAUCUGAGCCUUCUUCCAGCCCUGUCACAGGAUUCCUCAGUAAGUUGCUGGUCUUAGCCUUUGUUUUCCUAUUGAUAAAUCCGAGAUAAUUUAUCCUUUCCUUUCUCCCACUCUUCAUCCAUCCAGCUGUAAGAGAAUCCAGGUAGGGGCUGUCUGUGCUUCUGAGCAGUUCCUUUGCAGCAGGGCCCUGAUUUGCAGGUCGAAGGCUCUGUACGGCAAAUUAAGUGGUAAGUGCACAAGAGACAGUCCUGGAUCUUGAUAGACUUCGUAUAUCCAAAGGACAGAGACUGGCUGGUCACUGUUAUGGUGACUACCUCAUCCGACAUUUAGGGUGCCAUAGUGGUAAGUCACCAAAACUGGCUCAUUUUUGAGUCAAGGUUUAUAGGGAAAUGAGCCUCCUUGUGUUGUUCCUCCAUGCGUGCCAUUUCCCCUACUCCAAUAGCUUCUGAACCAGCUGGGCUGAUUCAGCCCAGUUUGAUGGGAAGAGAGAGGUCUCACAGACACUAGAUUCCUAAAAUUUUCAUGGAAAAAAAAGCAGCUGGAUAGAAGAGAUAUUUAAGUUAAUAUCCUACUGAAGGAAAGGUAAUUACACCUCUCUUUCUUAUCUGUUUCUUCUCUGUUUUGAGAUGCCACAGCCAGGUGACCAGCUGGUCAGUCAGCUCCUGCCUUGUUUCAAACCAGCUACUGCAUUUGCUGCCCCUUGUCUGCAAAGCAAGAAGUUGCGGAAAGAGCUGAAGACUUUGUUGGGGAGGUCUGAAGGGGAUAAGGGCAACCUGGGGAUAUGGCAGCAAGUUGGGAGUACCAAGAAGGGAGGAAAUAAAAACAGUUCUAAGACACAAAUCAGAAAGAAAACAAGUUUCGCCAGUUCUCCUGCUCAUAGAACAACUUGUUGUUUUGGUUCAAACUUAUUUUCAGGAAAAAAGUGAAUACCACAGCAGUACUUUCCCCCCAAAUUCCAAUUAUCAAUAACUAUCUUUUGCCAAAACCCUCAAACCUGCAUUUUCUGGAUGUUCAACUAAAAAACUUGCCUUUCCAGAUUUUUCUGGCAAUGAGAAAAUCUUUGAUUUUUUUCCCCUCCCCAAAAAAGGCAUUUGAAGAAAUGCCAAGGAAAAUGGAGUUUCUGAUUUCCACAAGUUUUUCAUUCCAGGAACAAAAAGUAUUUCCCAAGCACUUUCCCAGACAUUGCACAGAAACAGACUCUGAGACAGACAAAGAUGUGAACAUAAUCACAGCUGAAGAUCUUUCUGUCUAAGCAAAUGAGCUGGACAAAGGGUGGGAUGAGACUAAACAUCGGAAGAAGGCAGGUGACUUCCAAGGUCAACCAACAAGUUAGGUGCGCAGCAGAGAGGGCACUGGUGCUGUUGGGUCAGCAUUUCUGCCACUUGACCAUGCGGCGCCUCUGCGCGUCGGUCUGUCCUGGAAUAAUGAGCUUCUUGGAGCAGAGCCAGUACUUUCCUGAGCACUUGGAAAGAGCCUCAUGCAGCCUAGGUGCAGUCAUAAAUAAUAAUUUAAAUGAUAAUAAUAUUAUUAAAGUGGAGGUGUGCCACUGAAGAUGGGACACACUCAGCAACAGACUCCUAAAUCGGUCUCUCUUCUUGUAAAAUGUACAAUUUGCCUGACAAAGUCUGGGAGAACAGUAUUUACUUCUCUGGACUUGAUAGUUACAGUCUCUUGCUCUGCAAAAGUUAAACUGACCUAAGUUGAAUUAGGUCCAGUAUCUACUCAAAUACCUCAUGCCUGUAGCUGGCAGCUCUGGUCAGCUCUGGAAGUCUUUUUGCAGCUCAGGGGAUAUCUGGAAAAGUGAAUUAACUGUGGUGGUGUGUGGAGCUGCUUAGACUAAUGUUUUUUUCAGAGAUAGGCUUUGAUUGACACUUCAGAUCUGCCUGACAAUCUUUUAUUCUAAGUGCAGUUGCUGCCCUUCUCCAGAGCAAGAAGAGCCGGUUUGGUUGCUGUCCUUCAAAUGAUGGAUCUUAUCACAUGGGAAAGAGAAGGAAAAAAAAAGCAAACCACCUGGAAACAGUCACAGGUGUGGACAAGACCCCGGACGAAAGCUGAAGGGUAUGCACGCUCUUUCCGCGUUCCAGCCUGGGUGCGUUGCAAGGCGGAGAUGUUUGCCUCUCUGCAUGCCACACCAUGGAUGGGCUUUCUUCUCGUCAGGAUUGUUUCUCUCUGUGAUCCUGCUAUUGAUGGAGCAUCGCAGAUGGAUUACCAAGAGCACUGCUGCUUGCUGCUGCAUUCAGCUUCACCUCGGAGCUGCAGCUGGGCCUUCCCAGCCAGCUCCUUUUCCUCAUGAGAAGACAAGCCCAGGCAGGACCAUCUCCGCCAGCUGCUGCGCUCCAGAAGGGCAGGUCAGGCUGAGGCUUGCCUCAGAGGCUCUUCUGUGCCUGGCCUCUGCCCGAGUUGUGGAUGCAUCAAGUGCUUCAGUUUACAGGGCCAUCAGCCUGGCAGCCUUCCUUGGCACUAAAUUUACUUUUUAAAGUUACAUCAGUGUUGUACCCAGAGGGAAUGGAGGAACAGAUGCAGCUUGUGAAAUCUGGCUUUAAUUCACCUGCCUCAUUUAAUUUCCUGCCCUGCCUUCUAAUCAAUGAGUCUGCACUGGCUGCCCUGGGAAUACAGCGUUUUUUCAUAUACAGGAGAAUUCAACACGGUGGCUGUGCUGGCUGAGCUCUCAGGGUCCGAGCAGGCUGUGCUGGGUCUCCUUUGAAGCUGCUUUAUAAUGGCUCUCCCUUCCCCAGAAGCACCUGCAAACACUCCCCGCUCCGGGGCUGCUGCCCCACAUUACCUCGCAGGAGCCUGUGGCACAGGGCAGUUGCGCCGCGUUCGCCUUUCCCAGCCGGCCGGCAGUGCUGCGUUCCCUCGUGGAAGUGCUCCCCUUCCAGGCGCUGCCCGGUUUUCGGCCACGUGGCUUUCUCCGCAAGACUGUGCUGCUUUCAGGUGCUCGGUCCCCGCGAGCAGCUCUGCCGUGCUACCUCAGACAGGCUUGCUCAGGCCAGCUAUGCCUCGUUACCUCUCGGUAACAUAAAUGCUCCCUCGCAGGGCCUUCGUGCCAGGCCAUUGGGCCAUACUGGCCCUGUGGUGUGUCACUUCCCAGGUGUCCCUUCCCAGAGGCCAGUAGCAUGUCACCUCAAAGGGGCUUGCAGGACUUUGUUGCCUCAGACACACCAGGAGCCCUGACAGAUGGGUUUCUGGCACUUUUGCUUUGGUUAACCAGACUCCCACUGUCCUGUUUUUUUUGAUAAAUUAAUUCCAGGCAGUGCUGCCCAGUUGCUUAAUCACCCAGUGUCAAAACCCUUGGAGAUGAGCAGGCUGCCUUUGGCUGGUAGCACCUACUUUGUGACGCGGCUGCUUUACCUUGCGUAUUGUAAUCUGUAUCAGAUUGCUCUUUGCCUGCUAAAAUGGACAAUUAGGAUCCAGUUGUAAUGCAAAUUACAUGGUGGAAUAAAAACCGUGGGGAACAAAAUCCCAAAUAAGUAUUUAUGUCAGCCUUUGUUAUUGCGUGAUGGGUCCCGCUCGGUUACUGCUCGCUGUGAAGCAUUAGACAGAAGAGAACCCUGUGUGCCUUUGUGCUUUAUAGGCAGGAGCUGCUGAGCUGCUCUGCGUAAGACUGCCUUUAGGCACUCGCGGGCCCCGAUAAUGUGUAUGUGUGCAAACCUAACAGACAGAUUGCCGCCUACACUGGAAAUUUGAUGAUUGCCUUGUUUUUUGAAGGCUCCAUUUUAUAUACUGUGGGCCAAGCCCAUGGGGUAAUUUCCAGUCUCUCCGCAUAGGGCUGAGAUGAUGUGGUGAGAGGAGCGUAGAGAUGCUGAAAUUCCAAUCUGCCACAUAAUGUGCUCCUAAUACUGAUAGCUUUGUAAGCGUGUUGCUGUUGUUGUUCUUGCCAUUGUUGUCUUCCUGUGUCUGGUGCUAAAUGUUGUAAAUUCAGAGAAAUAUUUAAGUUUGUAAAGGAACCUAAGAUACUGUGAAAUUAAACACACGGUCCUGCAAACGCA